AUGCUUACGGGUGUUGCUGACCCAGAGGACGUCGAGGACGCGCUCGAUGUCGGCCGCCACUUCGCCAAAGGACUCGUAGCCCGGCACAUUCUCACUAUCGUUGUCAUUGUCGGCUGCUUCUAUCUCUUGUUCCCUGGCUGGGUUGGCCUGCAUCCCAGAGAACUUCUUUGCAUGGCGCCGGUUGAUGCGCAAGACCGCGGCCUCGACCCAGGCAAGCAGGUUGGCCUCCUUGCUCGAGCCGGGGCGGACGGGGUGCUGGCGCUGCUGCGGCAGGUCGACCAUUCCCAGGCUCUUUUACUCUCUCUCUCUCUCUCUCUCUCUUUUCCCUUUUAUACAGACAUGCGAUGGAAGAAGGAAGAAGAUGAAGACGAAGACGAAGAUGAAGACGAAGACGAAGCCAAAAAGACAUCAGAGAAGACGAGAAGAUAG